AUGGAACUUUACCAACGUUUCUUUGCACCACAUUAUAUAAUUAAUUUUUUAUACGUGUUACAAUUUUUUGUUAUCCGUUAUGUACCUUCAUUGGGAUCUCAUUAUCUUGAUCUCUCUCUUGAGCCACCAGAGAAGAUAAUAUAUAUAGUAUUUCUUAUUCUUGUGUUGAUAAAAUUUAAAUCCUCAAGUAAUGCUGAAGAAUUUUUAUCCAUAUUUUUCGUAUAUGGAAAAUUUUUGAAUUUAGUAAUGUUCUAUUGGUAUGGAAAAACAUUAUGGACAGUUCUAUAUGCUAUUAUAUGGGGGCAUGUCCAUUUCGGGAAAAUUGAUCUCGAUUGUUAUGAAGACGUUUCACAAAAACUUGAUAUUUCUCUAUCACCCACAAGUUUAGAUCUUCCUACCUUGAUCUUAUUUAAAAAUGGUAAAGAAAUUGGAAGAUUACCUCAAAAGAUUCGAGAUGGUUCUAAUGAAGAUUUAGAUAAAAUCAAGAAUAAAACACUUCGAAAUGCCAAAGUUACAUGGGAUCGCUUAGGUUGGGAUCGGAGUACGGUAAACAUUAAUUUCUAA